UGUGGCGUCUCUGACUCAAAUAACAACCGAUUGGCGUCGCAGGUCGCACGUCUCGUGCGCCUCGAUUGUCCACUGAAUGAAUAAUUCUUGUAAAUAUUUCUAUCUCGACAUCUAUUUGAUAAUUACCGAGGAAUCGCACAGCAAGAAUCUAGUUCGGAAAUUUGUGGCUCGUUGAAGUGAACUGGUAGUCGGGGAGUGAAACGAAAUUCAUCCUUUUUAGUUAUCUUAACCUUUUCUGAUUGAUGCUACGGCGAUAAGAUUCGUCAAUUUGCAAACCAGAUUAUUGCAUUCUUGGAAGGAAUAUGAGAUAACCUAACCUCAACAUGAGCAGCUACAACAAGAAAGUAGCAUAUUUUUACAAUCCGGAAGUCGGCAAUUUUCAUUAUGGACCAGGUCAUCCUAUGAAACCGCACCGACUGUCUGUGAUUCACAGCCUGGUGCUCAAUUAUGGCCUCCACAGGAAGAUGCAGAUUUACCGGCCAUAUCGUGCCAGCACCCAUGAUAUGUGUCGCUUCCACUCGGAGGACUAUGUGGAGUUCUUGCAACGCGUCACACCACAGAAUCUGCAAGGAUAUACCAAAUACCUGAGUCACUUCAAUGUAGGCGACGACUGUCCGGUAUUCGAUGGCCUCUUCGACUUUUGUUCUAUGUAUACCGGCGCUUCGUUGGACGGUGCCACCAAGCUAAACAACAAUUGCUGUGAUAUCGCCGUCAAUUGGAGCGGCGGUCUGCAUCACGCAAAAAAAUUCGAGGCGUCCGGCUUCUGUUAUAUUAAUGAUAUCGUAAUCGCUAUACUGGAAUUACUCAAAUACCGUGCUCGAGUGCUGUACAUUGACAUUGAUGUGCAUCACGGAGAUGGUGUGCAGGAGGCCUUCUAUUUAACUGAUCGCGUAAUGACUGUGUCGUUUCACAAAUAUGGCAAUUACUUCUUCCCUGGUACCGGCGACAUGUAUGAGAUUGGCGCCGAGAGCGGUCGUUAUUAUUCAGUGAACGUGCCGCUGAAGGAGGGGAUCGACGAUACAUCAUACAUACAAGUUUUCAAGCCUGUCAUAUCCCACGUGAUGGAGUUCUUUCAGCCGACGGCGAUAGUCCUUCAAUGUGGUGCUGACUCCCUUGCGAAUGAUCGACUCGGCUGCUUCAGUCUCAGCACGAAGGGGCACGGCGAGUGCGUAAAAUUUGUGAGGGAUCUAAAUGUACCCUUGCUAGCUGUUGGCGGUGGCGGUUAUACCCUGCGUAAUGUUGCCAGAUGCUGGACCUACGAGACGUCCUUACUCGUGGAUGAACAGAUUAGCAACGAGCUACCAUACACCGAAUAUUUAGAAUAUUUCGCGCCAGAUUUCACUCUUCAUCCCGAAGUUGUGACCAGACAGGAUAACGCUAACAGUAAACAGUAUUUAGAAGCGAUCACCAGACAUGUGUGUGACAAUCUUAAGAUGAUCCAGCAUUCACCAAGCGUACAGAUGCAGGACGUCCCGUGUGAUGCGCUGCCUCCUGAAGAGGAAAGACAACCGGAACCGGAUCCGGACUCGCGGCAGAAUCCACAAGACACGGACAAGAUUGUCGAACCGGCAAACGAGUAUUAUGCCGGUGACAAGGAUCAGGACAAAAUGGAUGUGAACGACUCGUGAUAAAGACAGUAUCGCAAUUCACAAGGUCGUAAAAAUCGCUUGAGCUUUCAUACAUGAUCCAGAUUUAUAUAUACUUGGAGCUCUUGUCGAUAUUAACUAAAUGAGUAUGAAAAAAUUAAACUGGGAUUAUCUUUUUUAUGACUGAUUUUAAGACAAUAGAAAAAUUGUACAGUAAUUGUACAAUUAUCAAGUUUUAACUUUCAAUAUCAUUGACAUAUGAAAUAAAACUGACAGACAUUUUGCAAUACACACACACACACACACACACACACAC